AUGAGCAUGGCUGUGGGUCUCGGAUGGCGUACGCCCUUCCGAGCGGUGCAGGCCGCCGUGUACGGCAUCAACUUAUCUAAGAAUCGUAGUGUAGUAGAGCUGCGUUGUCAGCGGUCAUUUACAGCAGUAUACGGACCGGGGGUUCCGGUGAAGGGACUGGAGUUGGUCUGCCCCGGUACUCGCACUGCAGCAGGUCGCUGUGCUGCGUUGCUGCGGCGAGCUGCACGCUGGCGUCCGAUUCCUUUUCAUGUUCGGGUGCGAGUAGUACGCGCUCGCUGCUGCGCUCUCCACCACCUGAGGAAGGGAAGCGAGGAAUUCAUCAGUCCCCUCAAGCCUUGCGGCGUGGAGCACCUGGUGGAUUUCACCAGCUGUAUGUCAGCACGGCAGUCCCCCUGUGUUCGCACGUGUCGCUGGAACGCAGGAUGCGUACAUUUCUGUGGUUGUCCGCCAGCAGCAGCACUGCUGCACCUGCUUGGCUUGUGCAGCAUCACGGAGGUAAGCUGUGCAACAUCAGAGAGAGACGAAACUCAGCCUCUACUUCGUAGAACGGCUACAAGCUUGAAAGCCUCUCGGCGCUCGGAACGAAAACUGAAGGAACACUGCAAAGAGAUGACCAGGCAGCGGAAGAAGCGGCGUCUGAUUCUACCAGUUCCGGCGAAAGUAGCGAGGAAGAAUUCUCAGAGUCGGAAGAAGAUAGCGAGGAAGAAUCGUUGGAAAAAAGCGAUCUCAGCGUAA